AGAGGCAGGACCCACAGCGCCAAAAUUCAAAUGCGUGUCUGAAUAGAACAGACGAAAUUAAAUAACACUAAAUGGAAGAUUGUUAUAGAUGGAUUAGAUUGAUCAUUUUGAUUUAUAUAAAUAUUAAGAGAGCUGUUAAACGAGGAGGAGUCCAGCCCAGCGGAGUCGCAUGAAUAGUGACAAUAAUAUGAAGAAUAAAAGUGAAAACCAAGCAGCGUUUCCAGUGAUCUGAUGACCAUGAGACGGAGCCCGAGGAGACCACUCAUCCUCCGAAGAAGAAAGCUGCCCUUCCAGCAAAAUGACCCGCCAGCAGCUGAACCACAAACCCAACCCCAACCUGCUGCGUCAGGCCCCAAAGAUGAACCUCCCAACCCAGAAGCCAAUCAGUGCUUCCCUGACAGCAUCCGCAUCAUGGAUCACCCCACCAUGUCCGAUACGCAGGUGGUCGUCAUUCCCAAAACGGCAGACCUUCAAAGUGUCAUCAAGGCGCUCACUGCCAAAGGCAAAGAGUGUGGCGUGCAGGGACGGAGCAAGUUCAUCCUUCUUUGUGAGAAUGGAACUGGUGACAAUAAAUCGUUCUGUCAGCUGGGGAGCGAAGCAUCUACAGUGAUCACAGCUGCACAUGCACAAGCAGUGAAGGCAGAACCUGCGAACAACCCACCGGAUGUUCUACCUCUCACUGCAAUCAAACCAUUCAAAGAUCUGGAGUGUGGUCCGUUAGAUGACAGCCUCACCAACAUCCAGUGGCUGGGCAAAAUGAGCACAUGUGACUUCGAACCAGAGCCUGCCAAGCAAAUGGCCAACAAGGAGAACAAUCCUCUGAAUUCUCAGACAAAAAGCACAAAAACCGACGCAGAAGCGUCUCAGCAGACCAUGUCGGAGAGGCCCCCGUACUCCUACAUGGCCAUGAUCCAGUUUGCCAUCAACAGCCGGAAGAGCAGGAGGAUGACGCUGAAGGAGAUUUACACGUGGAUCGAGGAUCACUUCCCGUACUUCAGAGAGGUGGCCAAACCAGGAUGGAAGAAUUCUAUCCGUCACAACCUCUCUCUGCACGACAUGUUCAUACGUGAGACGUCACCUGAUGGGAAAGUGUCGUUUUGGACCAUCCGGCCUGAGGCUAACCGAUGCCUCACUCUGGAUCAGGUGUACAGGCCCGGUUGUGACCCGAUGACUGCCGCUGUUGCGAUGCCAAUGCUUUUAUUUUCCAACCAACAACAGAGGAGAAUUCUCCCCGAUGCAAGAAAGACCCCACCAAGCUCUGAGAGAAGAAUGAAGCCUCUGCUCCCGCGCACUGAAUCGUACCUGAUCCCGGUCCAGCUCCCCGUCACCUCCUCCGUGUUCAUGCCGUCCCCUCAGGCUCAGUUCCCCCUCUCCUUCUCGCAGCAGAAGCAGAUCACAGCGAGGGGGGCGAAGAGAGUGAGGAUCGCUCCUAAGGUGUCCCAGAGUGACGUCCCAGCCGCAGCCAUGUAUCCUCCCAAGAGUAAAGAGCUGAAGGCGAAGGUGAAGGAGGAGCCGGUUUCUAUCAAAUGCGUGACUCCUCCAUCCCUCCCAAAGAGACACGCCAGCAGCUCUCGCCGUAAGCAGCACCUGGCCCACUCUCUGAACGAUGAGCCUGUCCUCUUGUGUCCUGAGAACACUUUCUUUGACUCUGGCGUAGUCUCCGACGCGUCCACUUUCCAGGAAAUGCGAGACACCCCGCUGAACGAGCCCAACCAACACGUGCAGCAGAGCAGCCCUGAUCGAGAGUUCUCCUUCAAGACCCCCAUCAAAAGUAGCAACCACCUCGCGUCAUCCACGCCCAGCAAGCCUUUGUGUAGCGCCGCACCCGAGCCAUGGAAGGUGACACCUGUAGGCAAAGGGAGCCAGAGCGUUCUGGACUUCAGCCCCAUCCGCACGCCAGGCGGUCCAGCAGUCACGCCGCUGCACGACUACACCACCUUCAGCUUCAGCAGCACCCCCUUCAAAGACUGGCCACUGUUCAGCUCCCCGAGAGAGCUGCUCGGGUCCGCCCCCUCCAGAGGAACAGGGAUCACAGACUCUCCCAUGGAGUGCCUCCGAAGCAGCUGCUCCAGAGAGCUGCUGCAGGCAGGCAGCUACACGCCAACGAACCGCUCCAUCACUGAGGGAUUGGUUCUCGAUACGAUGAACGACAGCUUGAGUAAGAUCCUGGUGGACAUCAGCUUCUCCUGUAUGGAUGACGAAGACCUGGGUGCCGCUAACAUCAGCUUGUCUGAGUUCAUCCCUCAUUUUAAGUAGCACGAGGACCCAAAUACGUAACAUUUGAUACACAUGGAUGAUUCUGCUUUUUAUCAAAACACUAUAGGAUAUAACGUAGGAACCGAAGACGGCAAAUCAGAUGCAAAUGAAACAAAAUAGAAAUAAACCAAACUCAGAUUUUGAAACAUAGGCUACCAAAAAUGCUUUACAUGAUAAGUGAGUCUUAGAAACGUAGUCAGAAGGAGGAAUAAAACGCAAACUCAAAGAGAGUAUGUCACAAGGAAAAAGCAGAUUUUGGAACUUUAGAAUUUUAGAAAAAAAAUAGUGUUGGGGAAAGUAGAAGAGAGGCAGAUUGGUGUACAGUAACCCUAAGCAGACAUAUAUGUUUUAUUAACCCCAUUUUCCAAAGCUAAUGAGUCAUUUGCUCAUUUCCUCCAGAUCUGGACUUGUUUAUCCAGUAACAUCGGACAACUUAUCGCCAGUUUUCUCCGAUAAGGUCACCAAAAUUUGGGAUUCUUCAAUACUUUUUAAUAUAACGUGCCUCAAAACAAUACAACACAAAGUUAUUUUCACAUUGUCUGGUAUGAAAAAAGGACCAAAGCGUACUUUAAGCUGCUGCAAGCAAAAAAAGGGAACAAAGGCGGUCAAGAUACUCACGGAUCAAAGUAAAGCGAGGGAGCAGCACUAAUGAAAACAAAGCAGUGAAACAGACAAUAUGAGAUUAUUUGUCAGUCUGUUCAAUUUGGGUCUCUGUCCAACCUGAACUGUUUGCUAUGUGGUAAUUAAAAGUUAAAGACUACCCAUCAAGAGUGGGGUUUGGAAUUUUAGGGAUCAAAACCGAUAGCGAUAAUGUUUGAUUUGUUCUUACGUCGUAUCAAAGUUCAAAUACUUGCAUUGCUAUACCUAUUCUUGAUAUCCAGACAUCCUUACCACGUUAUCAAGACAUAACACGGCAUGUUCUCUCAGGAUAAUGAGGUCCCAUUUUCAGGGGAACAAAGCAAUGUCAUCCUGAGAUCAGGACCAAAGCAGUAUAUCACUUGUAUCGUGGAAUACCCUCUUGUUUACUGACUUUAGUGUUACCCAUUUCUUCAAUAAGUGGGCAAAGUGACACCAUAUGCUGUUGAAGUAUCUUUGAUGUAGUAGCUUUGAUCCUUUUAAGCUUUAAUGCUCAAAUAAGCACCAAAAUAUGACGUUUUUUUCAUUCGCAUCUGCUUUGCUCUCUUCUGGAUCUUCCUUGCUUUAGCUGGGAAUGAAGUACAAUUCAAUAAUAAACGAACAGGGAUAUUAUAUUUACUAAGUCAAAUCAGCAAGCUGCUCACUUGUCUUCCAUCAUAUCCGAGGUUCCUCUUUACCUCUUUGUCACUCCUUCAGUUUUGUUCCAUCUGUAAUUUACCACCUCUUUGAUAUUUUUCCAUUUCCCUCCCUUGUGUUUGGUCCUCGUUUCUCUCAUCGUUUCUCCUUCCUGUCACGUUUGUGAAGGAAUCCUUACCGAGGUGUAAUAUGUCUUACGUGUAUUUGUAUGUUGAUUUUGCACAUUUUAAUAUAUAAUUAAGCCUUUACAUAUGUAAAUUGAAAGACGAUAUAUUGCCUCAAAGAGUAGCAAGAUGCUCCUGUUAUCCACUGUUAGACUCUUAGAUUGUAAUGCAGGAUUAUUAGCAAUAUACAAUGAGAAAGUAAUAAAAGUAGCACUAACAGCAGUAGGGUUGUGUCUGUACUUUGUUGUAGAGCUUUCUGUCCCAUGUGACUAACAGUCUGUUCAUCAGUAUCAGAUUAAGGGCACUUUUACAUGCAGUGACUCCUCGUAUCAUAUUAAACAGGAGUCUAUGGGAACUGAAUACUGAAUGUUUUUCAUCCGUCUGGAGAAGAUUCAAUAACUUUAUUUUUCUGUCUGCACCAUUUGAACACAUUUCUGCUGUAUCAUCUUUAGAGGAUAGAAUGAGAUAUAGCUAGAACAAUUUUUUGGGAAAUGCCACAAAAUGUGUGUUUUGCAUGCACGUGUGUUUACAUGAGUAAGUGUAACUCUUCCAGCAACUUGUCUUCCAAGCAUGUGCCUUGUUCUGUCUCUUAAAGUUUUUUCUGCAAUAAAUCUGAUGGUGUUGGUGCCUCA